UACUUCAACAGAUUCUAACAUUUCUCGUCAAUCUCGUACUUGCCUUCGACGCCAACAUGGCAAAUCACAUCGCCAGCGAUGAGAAGGCACAGCCAGAUACUGCCUUGACCAAUGACACGCAGUCAAAUUCAGAGACUGAAGAUCUCGCUACGUUGGCUCUGGAAAAACGCGUCCUCAAAAAGACUGAUAUGGUAGUUUUGCCAAUGAUGUGCUUCGUUUUCUUCUUCCAGUAUCUAGACAAGCAGAGCCUGAGCUAUGCAUCAGUGUAUGGUCUUAUCACUGACCUGAACUUGAGGGGCAACCAGUUCGCAUGGACCUCUUCCAUAUUUUACGUUGGACAGCUUGCUUCUGAAUUCCCGUUCAUCUACCUCAUGAGCCGCUUCAGACUGUCUAAGUUCGUUGGAAUUACGAUUGUUGUCUGGGGCGCAGUCUGUAUGUGCCUUGCCGCUCCAAAAACAUACCAUCAGUUCUUAGCUGUGCGCUUUUUUCUAGGAGCAGCAGAAGGGGCAGUCAGUCCAGCCUUCAUCACCAUUACAAGCAUCUGGUACAAGAAAAGCGAGCAUGCGCUACGCAUAGGUUGCUGGAUUACAUGCAAUGCUCUUGCGCAAAUCGUCGGCUCUCUACUCAUGUACGGCAUCGGAGAACACAACAAAUCAUCGCUGGCAUCUUGGAGACUUAUGUUCCUUGUCUGUGGGAUAUUCACCUCGCUCUGCGGAGUAGGUUUCUAUUUCGUCAUGCCCGACGGUCCUGAUACGGCUUGGUUUUUGACCGCGGAAGAGAAGGUCGCUGCUCGUCAUCGGCUCUCUGAAGAUCACGACGGCGGCGACAAGACAUCUUUUUCUAUGGCACAACUCAAGGAGGCUGCAUUCGACUUCAAGACAUAUGCUGCGUUUGCUUUCGGUAUCCUCGUCACUGCUCCGGCUCCAGUGCUUACUUUCGCGUCUUUGAUCAUCAAACAACUCGGCUAUACGUCUGGCGACACUCUACUGCACGGAUCGCCCUCAGGAGCGAUUCAGAUUGUAGCCAUAUGGAUUGGAAUCACCGCGUGCUUGAUAUGGCCCCAGAAACGUUCUCUUGUCAUCAUCGGACUCGUUUCGAUACCCCUGGCCGGAUGUAUUAUGCUGCUAGUACUACCUCUACAAGGCUGGCCCAUAAUCAUAGCGGCUUGGCUCGGCUCUUGCAUCUCGAGUAUCUUCUCGCUGACCAUGAGUUUGAACGCGUCUAAUAUUCGGGGCAACACGAAGAGAUCCGUCGUCAAUACAAUGUAUUUUGUUGGUUACUGUUCUGGCUGUAUUGGAUUCCCACAGCUGUGGACGACGGAUACUGCGCCUCGGUAUACUGCCGGCUUGAUUGUUUCGGUGGUGGAUUGGGUUCUUCUUAUCUUGCUUAUGGCGUACUAUUGGUACCACGGAUGGAGUGAGAACAAGAGGAGGGACAAACUUGAGAAAGAGUCGACUGUCACAGUAUACGAGGCUGGUGCUGAUGUUACAGACAAACAGGACUUGACUUUUAGAUAUUCUCUAUAGUUGUCGAUAGUGUUGUAGAAGAAAAGUUGUUCUUCGCCGUCGGGCUUGGAUUGUCCGAAUCUGCGAAGGCAGUAGCGCG